UUUCUUUAGGCCCCCUACUCUCUCUCUCUCUCUCUCUAUCUCCCAAACAGAGACGCCAUAAAAUGGGAUGGUUGCAGAGUGAAGUGAAGGGAAAGGGGCCAACCCCAAAAUUCAACUCUCACUAUUUUUCUGCUCGGUCUUAUUAAUAAAGCUUGAGUUGAGGCAGAUAACAAUGGAGGAGGAUUCUCUCGCCUAGUCUCUCUCUCUCACUCCUCCUUUUCUCUUAAAGCUUGAUAGAUAUGGCUGCUGCUGCUGCUAUUGCUUCUAUUGACCAAAAUGGUCAGAAAGCAUACCCUCAGCCUCAUACCCAUUUGGAAUUGGAGUUGGAGAGCUCCUCGUCAUCCUUCCUUUACUGCAACGAAGAAGAAGAAGAAAUGAGCAAGAUAACAAGCAGCUGCAGCUCAACAGAAGAUGACGAUGACAAUGGGAAUGCAGUGGUAGACGACGACGACGAUGAGGAGCUCAAGUUCCUCUUGAAGAAAGAGCAACAGUAUCAUCAUCAGACACAGACACAGACACAGACAAAAGGGAAAGGGAUUAUCAGAAAGCAAGGUGUGGAAUGGAUCCUGAGAGCGAGCUGCUUCCAUGGCUUCUCUCCCCUCACCGCCCUUCUCGCAGUCAACUAUCUGGACAGGCUCAUCGACAGGGAUGAUCUGAUUCUCAUCACCCCAUCAUCAUCAUCGUCGUCGUCGUCCCCAUGGAUGAUGCAGCUUGCAGCCGUUGCUUGCCUCUCCUUGGCUGCUAAACUUGAAGAGCCUCAUCACGCCCCUCUGCUCCAACAACUCUCUAAACAAGAAGAAGAUGACAGUAGUUUCAUGGCGUUCAAGGUCAGUAGCAUCCAAAGAAUGGAGCUUCUGGUGCUGAGGUCCCUGGACUGGAUGAUGAAUCCUGUCACCCCUCUUUCCUUCAUCCACAACAUCCUACUCCCAAGACAGGACUGUUACUCCUUCCUCAACUCCUGUCAGAAUCUCCUCCUCUCACUCCUCCCUGAUGCGAGAUUGAGAGUUUACUCGGCGUCUGUGAUGGCCGCUGCGACAAUGCUUCAUGUGAUCCGUCGUCACAGACACAAUGGUGAUGAUGAGAUUGAGAAUCAGCUGCUCCUCCCUCUGCUCCAAAUCAUCAACAAGGAGGAAGUGAAUUUAUGCUACGAGGCUGUUUCAGAUAUUCUGCUGCUGCUGUCCAACUCCAACUCCAAUGGUGAUGAUAAUGGUAAUGGCAGAAACGACGAUCUGAUCAUCCAAACCCAUCAAGAAUCAUCAUCGGAACUGGGCUCCUCUAAUUCCUGCAAUUCUUCUGCUACUUACUAGAACAACAACAACAAAAAAGAUGAUGAUGGUGACGAGGGCCAGCAGGGAUGAGACUACCUAAUUAAUCAAUUACCUACAUCCAUCCAUCCAUCUUCAUUACCAAUAGAACGACAAAUACCAUAUAUUGUUUGUAAAUAUAUUUAGUAUUGUCUGUGUCUUUGUAUAUAUGUUCUCCAAUCUCCAUAUAUGUACAUAUAAUAUAUGUCGUGUAUAUAUUGUUUUACAGA